CAGAAGCCAGGGACAAAGACGUUCCCGAAAAGACAGGAGGUCUUGGAGGACUCGCUGCUCCUGAGAGAAGGAUGCUACAGCUGAGCCUGUCCUGGCUGGGACUGGGGCCCGUGGCUGCCUCCCCAUGGCAUCUUCUGUUGCUGAGCGGAGCCUCCUGGAUUCUGGCCCGAAUUCUGGCCUGGAUCUAUAUCUUCUAUGACAACUGCUGCCGCCUUCGUUGCUUCCCUCAGCCCCCUAAACCGAACUGGUUUUGGGGUCAUUUGGCCAUGAUGAAGAGCAACGAGGAAAGCAUGCAGCUUGUAGCACGUUUGGGCAACAUCUUCCGUGAUAUCCACCUCUUUUGGUUUGGACCUGUCUACCCAGUCCUGAGGCUCAUCCACCCGAAGUUCAUUGCUCCCCUGCUCCAGGCCUCAGCUGCUGUUGCACCCAAAGACAUGACUCUCUAUGGCUUCCUGAAGCCCUGGCUUGGGGACGGGCUCCUGCUGAGUGCUGGUGACAAGUGGAGCCACCACCGACGCCUGUUGACACCCGCCUUUCACUUUGACAUCCUGAAGCCCUAUGUGAAGAUUUUUAACAAGAGUGUGAAUACCAUGCAUGCCAAGUGGCAGCGCCUGACCACCAAGGGCAGCGCUCGUCUGGACAUGUUCGAGCACAUCAGCCUCAUGACAUUGGACAGUCUGCAGAAAUGUAUCUUCAGCUUCGACAGCAACUGUCAGGAGUCUCCCAGCGAAUACAUUGCUGCCAUUUUGGAGCUCAGCUCCCUCAUAGUAAAACGGCACUACCAGCUCUUCCUGUAUAUGGACUUCCUGUACUACCUCACUCCUGAUGGGCGGCGCUUCCGCAAGGCCUGUGACAUGGUGCACAACUUCACAGAUGCUGUCAUCAGGGAGAGACGCCGCACCCUCAAUAGCCAGGGUGUUGAUGAAUUCAUGAAGACCAAGGCUAAGUCCAAGACUUUAGAUUUCAUCGAUGUGCUCUUGUUGGCCAAGGAUGAACAUGGAAAGGAGCUGCCAGAUGAGGAUAUUCGGGCAGAGGCUGACACUUUCAUGUUUGGAGGCCAUGACACCACGGCCAGUGGGCUCUCCUGGGUCCUGUACAACCUGGCGAGGCACCCAGAAUACCAGGAGCGCUGCCGGCAGGAGGUGCAGGAGCUGCUGAGGGACCGAGAGCUUGAGGAGAUUGAAUGGGAUGACCUGGCCCAGCUGCCCUUCCUGACCAUGUGUAUCAAGGAGAGUCUGCGGCUGCAUCCCCCGGUCACAAUGAUCUCCCGCUGCUGCACCCAGGAUGUUGUGCUCCCAGAUGGCCGGGUCAUCCCGAAAGGGAAUGUCUGUGUCAUCAGCAUCUUCGGAGUUCACCACAACCCUUCAGUCUGGCCAGACCCUGAGGUCUACAACCCCUUCAGAUUUGACCCAGAAAACCCACAGAAGAGGUCUCCGCUGGCUUUUAUUCCCUUCUCAGCGGGGCCCAGGAACUGCAUAGGACAGACUUUCGCCAUGAACGAGAUGAAGGUGGCGCUGGCGCUCACCCUGCUGCGCUUCCGCCUCUUGCGGGACCACAAGGAGCCACGUAGGCAGCCGGAGCUGAUCCUGCGCGCAGAGGGCGGACUGUGGCUGCGGGUGGAGCCGCUGAGCACGGGUGCACAGUGACCCCCCUACACCUGGCCUGGGACCACCCCCACCCACCUGCCUACCUUUUUGGAUUUCUGAAUAAGUGAGCUGUCUCCUGUGCCUGAGGGGCAGUGAGCACCAGCCCAGAAUUUGACCCCAAGAGUCUCACUGCCUCCUGGGUGACCACAGGGCCUCCAUGCUGAUGAGUGUUCUGGAGUUCAAGCCUAGACUUUAUCCUGUGAGAUCCACCAUAGGUGUUUUGAGUAGCAGAGGGGAGCAGGCUUUCCACUAGAAUUGAGUCUUUGUGAUCAUUGAGGCAAACCCUGAAAUUCACUUCAUUUCCACCUUUAUUCUCUUGUGGUCAGACUUAGAACGAUCCUCCUGUUUCUGCCCUCCGGGUGCUGCGCUUACAGGAGCAGACCACUUCACUAGACCUGGCCGGUUACAUAAGAAGGGAUAGUUGUAGAAUCCGAAGUUCCUCAAGCGUGGGGAAUCUUGUAACCCUGGAGGAUGGUGUUAAAUAACUUUUAGGGCUUGUGAUGGCUAAAGCAGCUAAAAUUUACAUGAAAUUAUACUGACAGGCUCCCCAGCUUUCCCUCGCCUUUUCGGCAACAGUGCAGUUGUCCAUUGAGUGCUCCUGCAGGAGGCUCUCACAAACUUACCCUAUGGAAUCACUUCCCGGCUUUGACUUUUCUUUUCCCAUCACAAGAUCGUUAAAACUGAGUUUCAAGGGCUGGAGAGAUGGCUCAGUGGUUAAGAGCACUGGCUACUCUUCCAGAGGUCCUGAGAUAAAUUCUCAGCAACCACAUGGUGGCUCACAACCAUCUAUAAUGAGAUCUGGUGCCCUCUUCUGGCCUGCAGGCAUACAUGGAGACACAACACUGUAUACAUAAUAAAUAAAAUAAAUUUUUGAGGGGAAAAAAAAAUCAAGUCUUGGCUUUUGCACCAGGCUAACUGACAUGCUUGGUUUAAAACAAAACAAAACAAAACUGACUUUGAAUUGGUCAUAGUGGCACAUGCCUCCCAGAGGCUGAAGCAGAGGGAUGUUAGAGACUAAUGGUUGAAGUCAGCCUGAGCUACACAGUGCAAUACAGUCUUAAAGGGGGACAGAGGUCUGUUGAUAGAAUGGAAGCCCUAGGUUCCAUUCCCAGCAUCCCACAACAUGGUGUUACAAGCCUAAAAUUUAGCACUUGGGAGGUGGAGGCAGGAAGAUCAGAAAUUCAAGGUCAUCCUUGGCUACACAACAAGUUCCAAGCCAGUCUGGGAUACAACGAGCCCUGCCUCAAAAAAACAUUA